AAAGGACGUCGGAAGUGUGCCGCGAAAUCAUUUGCAAACCUGUAAAAGCGCAGGAAGCGCCCUCAUCCCUCCCCCUCAAAACAAGCCAUCAAGCCAACCAGUCGAAUCAGUCAAGGUAAAAGGGUGCAACGAUUAUCUCUCUCUCUCUCUCUCUCUCUCUCUGGCUCUGUCUGUUGUCAAUAAAAGUAGUGACACAUGUGCGGGUUAGCUGCACUUAGACAAUUGGGCAGGAAGACAAAAGGAAAUCUAUCUAUGAAUUAUACAUAUGAACGCCAUAUCCCCCGUACAAGUUGACAUUAAAGCUGAAGUCAAAAGUGGCUGUUCCCUAAAGUGCGUUCGUUGGAAUAUUGAAAGUGUGCCACAAAUCCCAGUCAAAGCUAAAAUCAAUUCGUAUUUAACCCAAGUGUCGUCGUCGUCGUGGUGUCCAACAGCAUCAAAAGUGUUAACUGGUCUCACAAUAGCAAGAAUGCUGCCACGUGUUCAUCAUUAGCCAGUGCCAGCAAAUUUUAAGCCAGCUCACGUUCUUAUCUCUGCCGGGUUUUAUGGUUUUUUUUUUUGGUUUUUGUUUUUAAAUUUUUUGUUUUAGCACAAACAGCCAAAUCGAACGCAACAAAGCUUCCAAAAGUUUCACCCAUCUGAAGUACUUCCAAAACAGGAGCAGCCAUCCCAGCAGCAACAGCAGUCGUCAUGCAGUUGUUACAAAAGCCGAUUAAAUCGAUCGCUGCCUGCGCAUUAUUUUUGGUUUUUAUCUACACAACGGCCCAGUCUCUGGCCCAGACCAAAGAUGUGUCGAGAGACUAUUCACAAUCCUAUUCGAGGCUCAACGUGACCAAUAUAAGCCAGAGCCGGAACAGUCACAGUCGUCGCCACCUGCUCCAAGCAGCAGGUGAGGAGCAAGUAGAAGGGGAGACCGACGAUGAAGAUGUCAAACCGGAUGAUCCCGGUGCUGAUAUGGAAGAGGUGCGCACCUGUUCCGAAGGCCUUGUAUUGCCAUUAUGGAUGCCGCAGAAAAAUAUAUCAAUCGGUGACCGAUUGAUACGCGGCUUUGUCUACUUCUUAUUUCUCAUAUACCUCUUUGUGGGCGUAUCGAUUAUUGCGGAUCGUUUUAUGGCCUCCAUUGAGGCUAUCACAUCGAUAGAGCGGACUGUUGUGGUCAGAGGACAGAAUGGAGAGAAGCAAACGAUGCAUGUACGCAUCUGGAAUGAGACGGUGGCCAAUUUAACUCUUAUGGCCCUGGGAUCGAGCGCCCCAGAAAUUCUGCUCUCUGUGAUUGAGAUCUAUGCAAAGGAUUUUGAGAGUGGCGACUUGGGACCGGGCACUAUUGUUGGGUCAGCUGCCUAUAAUCUGUUUAUGAUAAUUGCCGUUUGCAUGAUCUGGAUACCGGCGGGUGAAGUGCGACGCAUUCGGCAUCUCCGGGUAUUUAUAGUCACCGCUGUUUUCUCAAUUUUCGCCUAUGUCUGGCUGUGGCUCAUUCUAUCGGUUAUAUCGCCAGGGAUAAUCGAGGUGUGGGAAGCAAUAGUUACAUUACUCUUCUUCCCAGUCACUGUGAUAUGGGCCUAUAUAGCCGAACGAAGACUACUCGUCUACAAAUAUAUGGAUAAGAACUAUCGUGUCAAUAAACGUGGCACUGUCGUUGCCGGCGAGCACGAUCAGGUUGAAAUGGAUGCCGAGAAGGCAAGGACCAUUGUCAACUUCCAGGGACCGCGAUCAAGCGAUGCCGAGGCAUUUGACGAGGCGCGGCGGGAGUAUAUUACAGUCUUGUCGGAACUCAGGCAGAAAUAUCCUGAAGCGGAUCUCGAGCAGUUGGAGAUGAUGACCCAGGAGCAAAUGAUCUCGCGCGGCAGUAAGUCGCGCGCCUUCUACCGCAUCCAGGCCACACGCAAAAUGGUGGGUAGUGGCAAUCUGAUGCGCAAAAUCCAGGAGCGUGCGCACAGCGAUCUCACUGAGGUGAAGGCUCAAUUGCAUCCAACAGACGAUGACUAUGAUGAUCAGCCAACGCGUAUCUAUUUCGAGCCAGGCCAUUACACAGUCAUGGAGAAUUGUGGUGAGUUCGAGGUGCGUGUAGUGCGCCGUGGUGACAUCUCCAACUACUCGACCGUGGAGUUCGAAACUCAAGACGGUACAGCCUCAGCUGGCACUGAUUAUGUGGGCAAGCGGGGUGUGCUUAAUUUUCCGCCUGGUGUCGACGAGCAGCGAUUCAAAAUUGAGGUCAUCGACGACGAUAUAUUUGAGGAGGAUGAAUGUUUCUAUAUACGCCUCUUCAAUCCAUCGGAGAGUGUGUUUCUCACAGUGCCACAGAUAGCGACUAUUAUGAUUCUGGAUGACGAUCAUGCUGGUAUUUUUGCUUUCACCGAAUCCAAUUUUGAAAUUAGCGAAUCCGUCGGCCUCUACGAAAUACAUGUAAUGCGCUACUCUGGCGCUCGAGGUACUGUCAUUGUGCCCUAUUGGACUGAGGAUGAUACAGCCGUUGCUGGCCGGGAUUAUGAGAUGGCACGCGGAGAGUUGGUGUUUGAGAAUAAUGAUACACAACAAAUCAUAACCAUACCAAUUCUAGAGCAGAGCAGCUAUGAGAAGGAUGUCAGCUUAAAAGUGCACAUCGGAGAACCUCGUUUGGCACCAGAUUCCGCUCACUACCAUGACACAAAUAAGGAAUCAUUUUUCCAUCGAUUUUUUGAAAAUCACGAACACACUGGAGAUCAUACUAAUGAUGAACUAUUAGCCCAAAUCCAGGAGGUGGAACAGAAGUCGCCCAAAGACCUAACCGAAUUGGAUCGCAUUUUACUGUUGAGUAAGCCAAGAAAUGGAGAGUUGACCACUACACAUGUUCGCAUACGUGAGAGCCAGGAAUUCAAGGCUACUGUCGAUAAGCUAGUGGCCAAGGCCAAUGUAUCCGCUGUCCUUGGAACUUCAUCGUGGAGGGAGCAAUUCAAAGAUGCCCUCACCGUAGUACCCGCCGAUGAGAGUGAAUUCGAUGGCGACGAUGAUGUGGAAGAAGAGGUUCCCGGCUGCUUUAACUAUAUCAGUCAUUUCAUAUGCCUCUUCUGGAAGGUACUUUUUGCAUUUGUGCCCCCAACAGACAUUUGCGGCGGCUAUGUCACCUUUGUGGUCUCGAUUUUUGUGAUUGGUGUGAUUACCGCUGUUAUUGGAGAUGCAGCCUCGUAUUUCGGAUGUGCCCUUAAUAUUAAGGAUUCGGUUACAGCCAUUUUGUUUGUCGCUCUCGGCACCAGCAUACCCGAUACCUUUGCCAGUAUGAUUGCGGCCAAACAUGAUGAGGGAGCUGAUAAUUGCAUUGGCAAUGUGACUGGUAGCAAUGCGGUUAACGUAUUUCUUGGCAUUGGACUGGCCUGGUCCAUUGCUGCCAUCUAUCACAUGUCCCAUGGCAUGACCUUCAAUGUGGAGCCGGGAACCAUUGGCUUUGCGGUGGGACUCUUCUGUGGCGAAGCCUUGAUUGCCGUCGCUUUGAUUAUGUUCCGUCGCUGGAAAAAAUCAAUUGGCGCCGAAUUGGGUGGUCCGACAUUCUCCAAAUACGUUAGUGCUGCAAUCUUGAUGUUCUUAUGGGUGUUCUAUGUGGUGAUAUGCAUCCUGGAAGCUUACGACAUUAUUCGAGUCUAAAGUUGGCAUUGAGUAAAAUGGUUAGAACCUACAAGAGAACCUUGUUGAAAAUACAUAAAAGAAAAACAAGGUAGGGAAAGGCUAAAUCAAAGCUGGACUACCAAAUGCGGCAUACAGAAUGAUGUAUUUCGUGUAUGCAGCUGAUUCGUUAUAGAUAUAGUAGUAUAUAUAUUUAUAUAUACA